AUGGAGAGCGCAGCGGCCCACGAGCCCCGGGGCGCCGAGGCCCCGCGCCCGUCCGCGCCCCCGCCCCCGCCCUCGCCCGCGCCCGCGGAGCCCCCCGCCGCGCCCCGCGCGCGUCCGCGCCUGGUCUUCCGCACGCAGCUGGCGCACGGCAGCCCCACGGGCAAGAUCGAGGGCUUCACCAACGUCCGCGAGCUCUACGCCAAGAUCGCCGAGGCCUUCGGGAUCGCGCCCACAGAGAUCUUAUUCUGUACCCUAAACAGCCACAAAGUGGACAUGCAGAAACUCCUGGGCGGCCAGAUCGGGCUGGAGGACUUCAUCUUUGCGCACGUGCGCGGAGAGACCAAGGAGGUAGAGGUCACCAAGACCGAAGACGCCCUGGGACUGACCAUCACGGACAACGGGGCCGGCUACGCCUUCAUCAAGAGGAUCAAGGAGGGCAGCAUUAUCAACCGGAUCCAGGCUGUGUGCGUGGGCGACAGCAUCGAGGCCAUCAACGAUCACUCCAUCGUCGGCUGCCGCCACUACGAGGUGGCCAAGAUGCUCCGGGAGCUGCCCAAGUCCCAGCCCUUCACCCUGCGCCUGGUGCAGCCCAAGAGAGCCUUCGAUAUGAUCGGCCAGAGGAGCAGGAGCAGCAAAUGCCCCGUGGAAGCAAAAGUGACCAGUGGGAGGGAGACCCUGCGUCUUCGUUCUGGGGGGGCUGCCACCGUGGAGGAAGUGCCCAGCGAAUUUGAGGAGGAGGCGUCCCGGAGGGUGGACGACCUGCUGGAGAGUUACAUGGGCAUUCGGGACCCAGAGCUGGCGUCCACCAUGGUGGACACCUCCAAGAAGACAGCGAGCGUCCAGGAGUUUGCGCGCCGUUUAGACUCCGUCUUGGGCGAGUUCGCCUUCCCGGACGAGUUUGUGGUGGAGGUGUGGGCCGCCAUCGGCGAGGCCAGGGAGGCCUGCGGCUAGUCUGCCCCGGCGCUGAGUGCGGCCCCAGCCCGGAGCCCAGCCCCCUGCCCCAAACCUCCCGGCCGGUUCCCGAAGCCCGGCUCUGCACCACAGCCCGGGCCCCAUCUGAGACCCAGCCCCGCUGCAGAGCCCAGGCCAGCCCUGGGGCUGA